CCUGGGUAUAGUGUAUCAGUGUAUUUGCCACACAAUGUACAAAUUCAUGCAAUGGUAGGCAAAGAAUGCCCUUCAAUGAUUAACUGAGGAAAUGCAAUAAGAACUCUAAGUUAAGGAAAGGCAGGCCAAGUUCCAAUGCGAACGUCGAGCCAUAAAGAAGAAGAGUUUUGUUGAUAUUUGUAGAUUUAAAACGUGAGAAAGGCACUAGGCCCACAUCAAAUUCGCUGUAAAAAGACGGUCUUCAUCAUAUAAAGCACUUGUCUCCAUAGGUUGUUGUUGUUGUUAACAAUGUUGCGUACAAGAAUUAUUUCACGUUAAAUCGAAUAAAAGGAAGAAGUGUGCAUGUUUGAUAAUUUCCGUGAGGUAUAGAUUUCACUACUUACUUCUGUGCGGUUCAGGAACACAGAACGCAAUGGACUGCGAAAGCAAUUGCUUAACUGUUGAACAGGCAAGCUCGUAUCCGAAGUGAAUGGGGGGAAAUGCAAUAAUUAAGGGAGUGUUUCCCAUUCCUGGCCAUGGGAUGGAUGACAGGGAGGGCGUUAUGAGUGAACCAAUUGUGUUGCAAUGACACUCAUCUCAAUGGAAGCUGAUAUUGCCCACCAGAACAUUGUUGAACCAGAAAACAAAAGGAUUUUUUUAAAUAUUACGCCCAAUAUUGUUUGUUUUUAUUUUCAAUUUUUUGAUUCGAUUCAGGCAAUAACAUAAAUAUAGGGAACGUCCAUAAAUUACGUAACGCUUUUAGAGGGGAGAGGGUUCAGCAAAGUGUGACGACCCAUACAAAAACUUCAGAGGUCUCAUACAAGCAGUGUAAUCUGGGUGGAGUGAUAUUGCCCAAGUAACAAUUCGAAAUCAUUAAUAAGCAUGCCAGCUUAACAAGUGUUCUACGAAAACGCCGACAGUUGAAUAAGGGAAAAUUUUGGUCGGAAUUCGACAUUUUGAAGGGGACACAAAUAAAAUAUUCAGAAAAUUUAAAAAAAUUAAGUGAAAUUAUAGUCGCCGGGGGAAAGUUUCUUAACAAAUCCGAUGAGAUUGAUGAUGCCUAAUUGUUUGGGUAAUUAUUCAUCAAAUACAAUUAUUAUUUAUCAAUCCUCCCCCCCCCCCUUGACGAGUCAACGAGCAAAGUGACAAAACAAGAAAAUGAGAUAUGUUCCGGCCUUAUGUAAAUUGAACAACUGAUCGAACAGAAGUUCAAGAAAUGUUGUUUAGGAAUUUCCGUCCAUAGCCAAAUAAAAUUCUAAUAAUGUUCGAAGACAAUCUGUUUCCGACAUAUUACAUGCCAUUAUUCCACAUGUCAUUCACAGUGGAACAAGUAACUUAAACAUAGGUUAACAAGACUAGCUUAAUCGUUCUGUUUAGCUGCUGAUUAGCAGUGCUCUUAAUUGCAAUUGUUCGCCAUGUUUACAUUUGUAGACACAGUUGCAAAUUCUUCAAUAUCAAACAGCUUUGCAGCAGCUCUAAAUAAUUGUAUCACACUUCAAAAAACAUCACGAUUUACCUUUAACACUACCCGAGCAGGAGAAAAUAGCUGAAGAAUAACAAACUCAGGUAUGGAAAACCGAACACCUACAACCUGAAUGAGUUAUUAGGAAGCCCUGCAUAAGAGGUAAAAUACCUCAAAUAAUAACUGGUAUGUAUUCUGUGCAUAACGCAAAAAUAAUGACAUCAGGUAUGGUAAUACCUAAAUAAUAAUCGGCGAUUUUUCCAUAUAAAUAACCAUUUUUGCAUAAUUGAAUAAUACCUCAAGCAGUCCUCAACACCAAACCAAUAACUCGUUGAGGUAUUCUACCAAUACCUACAAAACACCAAAAUAAGUUAUUUUCAAUACCUGGAUAACCAGCCAAUACCUUGUCUUGGUAUGAUACCUGACUUUGGUAUGCUGCAGUUAUGUGUCAGUUAUUUAUUCCUGCUCGGGUACACUGAUCAACGGCAGCAAAACCACUGAGCUUGAAAACGACAACUGGUUCCUUUAGCUGGCAGCGUCUAGAAGUUUUCCCCCUGUUUCCUUCAUGACAGGGGUCGAGCCUUAAUUCUAUCUUAACCGGGUUCAGGAUCCACUUUUUGUCAGAAGAUUAACAGCAGGGUGACACAUUUUCCUUCGUACACGAAAUGAAUAUUGCGAAAACUAAACACAACUUACUUUUUUGAGUAUGAGAAAUGAAAAAUAUGUUUGAAGGAUCACCAAACUGACUUCACAGCUACUAUUAGCUCCAGUAGCGCUGCUGAUGAACAAAGCUUACAGUAAAGUUUAUUUACAUGAAUAAACGUUGCGGAUAUGGUUGAUCAAACAUUAAUCAGCUUCAAUUAACAUGUCGACAACUAGUCAAAUAACAGAACUUAAGCGAUGUUUAAGCAACGUAUGGACGGCAACGAAUUCGAUUCAAUUUUUAAAUACUGCUUUAAAUCUUCCUUUUCACGCAAAUGCAAUCCUGAUUGGACAAGAGCAGAUUCAGACGACAGUGAGGAAGAAGGUCCCGAGUUCGAGUCUUCCCAAGUAACAAUUCAAAAUCAUUAAUAAGCAUGCCAGUUGAUUAAACGUUCCACAAAGGCGCCGACAGUUGAACAAGAGUUUGUUUUGAACAAAAUGGCAAAUAACUGUUUCAUGCAGUGGAAACUGCACGUUUGUUGAAUAUAUUUCUGCUCAAUGAAUAACUAAUCGUACAGAAGUUUAAAGACAGUUGCUUAGGUAUACACAUCAUCUGUCUAAUAGUGCUCUAAUACUGAUAGAAUACAAGCUGCUUCCGACGUAUUGGAUGCCGUUAUUCCACAUAUGAUCUACAAUGGAACAAAUAGUUUAUCUCAAGCUUAAUAACUAUUGCUUCAUCAUUUUAUUCAACUACACUGAUAUAGUUUAACAACUAGAUGUAAUCAGGUUACUUUAAUACAAAUGUUAUGCUUUUAUUCAAGCAAUGUUGAUAAGAAGUGGUACUGUAUCACUCAAUAAUCGUUGUUCGCCCUGCUCCUGUUUGUAAAUACGAUUGCUGAUUAGGGGUCUAAGAAAAGCAUCCACGGCUACAAGCUUGAAGACCAAUCAAACAUCUUGCAGCAGCUCAGAAUAUCACACUUAUAAAAACAUUCCACUUUAUCCACUUAACUGACACUGAGGAAGAUUACAAGUGGUAGUUGAAAUACGCGUAUCUGUCAAAGGAUAAGCAACAUAGGGCGGAAUUAAAAGGUACGAAACUGAUUACACUCAUUGAAAUUGUUGCCAAAGACGAAUUUCGCCCCAAAUCGUAUUCGGAGUUGGCAGCACCCUCUCAGAUUACAAUGAAACUUUCUGGGUAUGUACACCAAGACUAGAUAAGCCACUUUGCAUACUUAGUUUCUUCAAAAUUUAUCUGGACUGACUUUUGAAAAGGGCUAAACUUUUUUAUGGAUUUUUUAAAAAUAUUUUUAAUCAAAAAAUGACUACUCCUACAAAAAAGUGUUGUAUGGGUGAUUAUCACAAAAUAAGUCAAAUUUUAAGAAAAAAAUACUGAAAAAAAUCCAAAAUGAGCCCUACACUGAAAAAAAAAUCAUUUCUAAAUAUUCAAAGUUGAUUUAAAAAAAAACACCAUUUUUGAUUUUGAUGAAAUUUUGUCUCAAGACAGGUAAUUAUGUUCCCUACCAACCGUCCAUACAUCACAAGAUAGGCACUUUUAAGGAAAAAAAGUUUUUCUAACAAAAACUUUUUCAUGUCCAAAUUAUUAUUUUUUCAGUGUCUUUUUUUAAAAAACAAACUAAACCAGUGAAGGUUAUCUAGUAAUCUCAAAAUGCAAUGAAACUUAUUGUGUCAUAUGCGACAAUGCAAUGCACCCAUAUUCACGCAGCAGCACUCUAGAAGUACGAAACAAUAUACAAUUAGAACACGCAUUUCAUACGUGCUGCUGUAAUUUCUACCCAAACGUUUCUACCCCAUGUUCUUACCUAAUAUUAGGUAAGGCUAUUUAUUAGAUUCGAACUACCUAAUCGAAAAAAAAACAAAUCAAGAGUUGUACCUAAAGCAAAUAUGAACAAAACAAGAAAAUGAAUCGGUAUCAUUCAACGUGUUACUUCUCUUUGGUUAUUAAAGGCAGUUCUGAAAAGUAAUGGAUCAAUCGUAUAAAUCAAAAUUCAACAAAUUCAAGUGCAGUGCAAAAAUAAACAAUCCAAAGUGCAACCGUCAUAAUCUACGGGGCAUGUCAUUAAGAUUGAUAGAUAAGAUUCAUUCCAUGGGAUAUACACAUGAAAUCGACGAAUCGAUGUGUAUUUGUGAGUCAUGUCGUGGAUUGAUAAGUCACAACAGAAGCCCGAAUACGAAAAAACGCCGAUCGGAUGGAAACGACGAAACUAUGCAACCAUCAUUUAGUGGGCAGCAACAUCAUGAUGUUCCAGAACCAGAACCGUCAACGAGUGGUCAACAAAUCGAACAUGAGCUGGAUAUGGUACCAUCUAUUCCAUCAUUGGAGUCAAUUCCGUCAACAGAUCAACUACAGGGUCCCCAUAAUAUUGAGAAGUUUAAUACCAUUGCUGAAACAUUGAGUUUAUCGCCAAUCUCAUCUAGAAACAUGAGAAGUAUGGAAUAUCGCAUAAACAAAUCAUUGCAGAUUACGAAAGCAGUUCGAAAAAAUAUCUUCGGAAUAGAUUCAACGGAUGUUGGCAAAGUGGAGGCGUAUGACGAGAUAAUUAUGCAGUUAAAGGAUAAGUUCAAUCACCCUACAACUGACAGAAGCGAAUAGAUUAAAAUACUAUCUGUACUUCCUAAGUCUUGGUCGGUAAAUAAAAUCACAAGAGAGUUUAACGCACCAAUGUAUAUGGCGAGGCAGGUGAAGGAUCUUGUUUAUGAACAGGGUAUUCUUUGUACCACCGAAAAAAGAAGGGGGCAUGGUAUUGAUGACGAUACAAAACAAAUAGUAAGAGAAUUUUUUGAUGAUAAUGAUAUCAGCAGGCCAAUGCCAGGAACAAAUGAUUUUGUUUCUGAGGUUCGAAAUGGAAAAAAACAACAAGUUCAAAAACGACUUUUGAUGAUGUCGCUCAAAGAGGCUUAUAUGAUUUUUGUAGAUAUGUACAAAACUGUGAAUAUUGGUUUCACAGUAUUUACACAGUUGCGACCAAAGCAUUGUAUUUUACUUAAUUCUACUGGUAUACAGAAUGUAUGCAUAUGUACUAUUCAUGAAAAUGUAAAUUUAAUGUUCAACAGUAUAAGAAUUGUGUCACAAGAUGAAAUAAUACAAAAAAUGCUUUGCGAUAUUUCCACCAGAACAGAUAAUUGCUUUUUCCGUGCUUGUGAAAAGUGUGCUUGUAAUGAACACAUUGAAGAGGAACUUACAUUGAUAUUAGAAUCAAAUGACAAAGAAGAGAUUAUAUUUCAGCAGUGGUUGAAUACUGAUCGCUGUAAUUUAGAAACGAUUAUUAAACCUGUUGAUGAAUUUGUUCCGUAUCUUGUUGAUAAAAUUGACAAACUUAUAACACACGACUUUAUUCAUAAACAACAAUCAUCAUUUCUCAGAAAUAAAAAAGAUACAUUAAAGGAUGAUGAAAUUCUUGCGAUUUGUGAUUUCUCUGAAAACUAUUCAUUCAUAAUUCAAAACGCUGCUCAAGGAUAUCAUUGGAACAACUCGCAAGCAACAAUACACCCAUUUGAAAUUUACUAUAUGAAAGAUAAUAAACUUGUAAAUGUUAGCUUCAUUAUCAUAUCGGAAGUAAUGGCUCACGAUUCAGUUGCGGUCCAGUUGUUCAUCUCAAAAAUGAUAGAUUUUAUGAAACAAUUAACGAACUUUUCUAAAAUUUAUUUUAUGUCUGAUGGGGCAGCAUCACAAUACAAAAAUAAGAAGAACUUUGCUAGUCUAUGUAGAUUCCAGUCAAAGCAUGCAUUAAGAGCAGAAUGGCAUUUUUUUGCAACGUCCCACGGUAAAGGUCCAUGUGAUGCUAUUGGUGGCACUCUCAAGCGAAUGGCAAAGAGAGCAAGUCUUGCUCGAGAUUAUGGAAAUACCAUAACAACUCCACGAGAGUUAUAUAACUGGGCAGUUGUACAGACAGAUAAAAAUAUAACUAAAUUAAAUUUCUGUUACGUAUCCACUGAACAGUACAUUAAAAUGUCAGGCACUCAGAAAUUCCAUAGUUUUUUGCCUAUUCCUGGCGACAAAGUAAAGGCAAACAGGUAUUCUAAUUCAGAAGAUGAACCAAAAAUAUUUAGUAUGAUCGGAAAAAAAUAGAAAAGAACAUGUUUGAAAUUGGCUCUAAGACACAUAUAUAUAUAUUUGAAAAAUUCAUAGUUAUAAAUAAUUGUAUAUUUAAAAGUGCACUUCAAUACAUAUUGCGAUCAAACAUUACAUUUCCUAAGAAAAUACAUUUGUAAUAUUUUCAGUUUUUUAUGUAUAGGAAAACCCUUCCAAAUGAUUGAAUAAAUAACACAAAAUCUCCUAAAAAAUUGUGUUUCAUUGGAUUCUGGGAUUGUUAUGGCCUUCACUGGUUUUAUUGUUGAU